AUGAUGUGGUUACUCUUGUUAGCGUGUGUGGUGCGGAUUCAUGGCAUAUCUUCACAGCAUUUAAACUCUGACGAUUGCUGUCCUUGCUCUCCAGAAAAUAAUAUACUCGGUAGUAACGCUUUGAACAAGGAUCAUGUCUCUGGGAAUUGUCCUUGUAGAUAUGCGGAUUCUGAACCCGCUUCAUCUAUAUUUAGACCAAGUUUCAAAACAGCCACUAGUACCAGGCCAGUCGAUGAGAAGGAGGAACCAAAGCCUCUUUUAAAUCCAGAAGUCGGCCUCGCGUCUUCAGUCUUAGAAACUUUACGUGAAGUCACUGAUCAAGAAUAUAAAGAUGCUCUGGCAAGGGAUGCUGCGAGGAGUGCUUUGAGGUCAAUAGAAGGGAAUGACGAGGCAGAUGAAGCUGGCGAUGAAAGCAAAAAUGUUGUUAAGAUCAUAUUAGGUCCUAGACAUAACACGGAUAUGGACACCAUGUCUGAAGCGUCACAUAACCACGAAACCCGCUGCAUACACCCAGCUCUAGGACAAGAAAACGUAUUUGAACAAUACCCGGAACAACCUCAAAGAAAAUUAUAUAAACACUUCAUCCUUAGCAAGCCAGUUGUAGGUCUACAAAAAAAUAUUUUUGACAUGGACAAUAGCCCCAGCGAAAUUCAAGAAAGUGUAGUGACAGCUAGACCCAGUGUAUUGGAUAAUAUAAAGAUUAAGACGGAUCUAUUGAAAUCAAAGUUAUUUUUAAACAAUGAGGGAUCGAACCAAAGACUCGAACCUAAAAUAUCCUUUGAUAAGGUAUUUUAUAAGCCAGUAAUAAAAUUACCCGACUUCAACUUGGCUUCUUCUUUGGACCAUUUCAAGAAAUCGAAGUUAUUCGAUUCUUACAAGUCCCCCUCACCUGCCGUGAUGAAAGACAAUACUUUAUAUAAGAGCGUCAAUCAAAAUGGAAACAGUGAUCUUAUAUCACCUCAGCAACUAUCGCAAAAUAGAAAAUUUGAGAUCAAUGAAAAGUCUUUACCACAAUAUACUUCACUUGCAUCCAAAGAAGCUCGCAAAUCUCCAAAAAGUACCAAGUCUUUUAAUGGUGAUGACAUUAAUACGGAUAAUUCAAUAUUGAAACCAGUAUUAGCAUUGCGUGACGAUUGUGACCCAUCAAGAUCCUGGUUACAAACACAAACUACAACUGAAAAAAGUGAAUGUCUUGACGUCAAUAGUCUGCCAUCAAAUGUUCCAGAAGAAAAAAGUACUGAAAUUUUAACAACAAUUCCAAACCAUUCUGAACUAAUUGAAGAUGAAAACGACGCGAUGAAACAGGGUGACGGUAAAGUAAGCGAAAACUGUGAACCAAAUGUAAACAGUGACCGAAAUGAAGAACGUAACGUUGUUGAUGAAGAUAAUGAAACUGAUUUAAGAGCUAGUACCACUCAGACGACUGAUGAUAUGAUGAACGAGUUGUUAAUGAAUGGGGACAGAGACGAAAGAAAAGAAGAUAAUUCCGAAAAUGAAUGCAUCGUAUCUGAAAACACUAGGAAUAAGGAAAAUUCUAUUGGUGGCGAAGUUUUAAAUGACUCGAUGGAAGAAAAUAAAGAAGAUAAGCAAUCGAUGGAUGAUUCUCAAUCCACUGCCAAUACAGAUAGGAAAAUGAACGCUAUAUCUAGUAUACCAGAAUUAAAAGAAGGCAUAAGAAACAAUCUCAAAGAAUUAAGAAAAGCAAAUGAGAAAUGGCAAGAAAAGAUGAAAUUUAAUGUUCAUGAUACUUUGAACAGAGUUAAUAUAAGAAAUAAUAUUGCUAAAUCACCAAGUACACAGACGGAUUCCCAGAAUGAUAACGAUUUACAAAAUACAUCUGACAUAUUGCAGGAAUUUGAUGGUGAUAGUGAACCACAUGCAUCAAAUAAUUGUCUAACACCUGCUGAAGAUUUUGGAAUGAAAGAAAUUAAGGAUCAUCCAGUAACUAAUAGUAUAAAAGAAAAAGAUGCUACCGAAUAUAUAGAAAGCGAACCACAAAACUUAAACGAAGAUGUUCCUAAAAUUGAUAAUGUUGAUGAAACUAAUGAAUGUAAAGUCCACCAAGAAAAGUCUAGUAAUCCAGAUACAAAAUUAGACUCAGUAAACAACGAAGAAAGCGAAAUGGAAGUUCAGGCAAGUGAAUCAAAGCAAAGGAAUGCUAAAAUAGAUCUAGAUAAUUUAAGGUAUAUGAAACAGGAUAUAAAUGACGAACCCAACAAUUUAAAUAAUGAAAGAAGUUCCUUUUUACAAGCUAAUAACUUUUUUGAUGAUGUUAAGUCAAAACUUUCUAAUGUGUUUGGGAAAACAAACGAGAACAUUUUGAGUGGACAUGUAUCGAAUGCAGGAAACGUAGAUAGAACUGAUUCAAGAGGAUUUAUAAAAGAUCGUGUUAUAGACUUCACCAAACCGCUUCUUAAUUUAGAUAAAAGUACCGAUUUAUUUAAGAAUGCACCGGAUGAUACAGAAACGAGAAGCCACAGUAUUAAGUCAUUUAAUUCAAAUCUACAACCCUUCAAAGCUAGAGUGGCAAUCCCAGAAUCCCUUGAUAUAAAACCAAGUUUAACACUAGCUGGAAACACAAAAGAAAUGAGCCCAAAAUUGUAUAAUUCACAAAGAAUACUUCCGAAAACAUACACUUCUCGUAUGUAUACGCAGAAUUCGGAUGAAAGGACAGGAGAUGAGCGUCUAUUUUACAAAGAAUCAGAUGUCAGUAGCCUGAAUUCAGAAUCAACAAUAUUAUCACCUAAAACAUUAAAAAAUACCUUACAAUUACCUACAUCCAAAAAUCUUUUGUCGGGGAACUUAAAAGGCCGUACAAAUGGAGCACUGAAGAAUAUACAUGAAACUUUGGGUAGUUCUCUGAGGUCCAUGCCAUUCAAUCAUGAUGAUUUACUUGAAACGAUGGCCAGUAGGAGAAACGAACUCAACGAAAGACUUAAAUCCUUAAACUAUGACUUAAAUGAUAGACUGUCGUCACUCCUGCCUUCAUUUAGAGUCCAACCUUUAACGCAAAGCAGAACAAAUUCCAAAACCAGGACGAAUGCUAGAAAUAAACAAGCUUUGGAUAAUUUGAGAAAUUUACCUUUCACCAAUAACGUCUCAUCGAGAUCUAAAUUGAACACAUUAUCAAGAAAAAGUAAUGCUGAUUCCUUGGCAUUUAAACCUUUGAAGAAAUCAGUUAAUGUGAGAGAUCGCCUAGCGGACUUCAAAAUACCAAGACUACGCGAAGAACAAAAUUUAAAAAGACCCACAUCUACUAAGGCUGUAUUCACAUCACCAGGGGAAUCUAGAUCUUCGCACACCGCAAGCAGAACUAUGAAACCUGGAUAUAGGAAGGAAAGCAAUUUUGUUUCCUUGACUCCAUCUACUCCUCCUAAAACAUCGCUUCCAAGGUUAAAAUCUGCUAAAAUCUCUGAUAAACAACCUUCUACUCUAUCUAAUAUGGAGAAAAGACCGAUUAUUUCAAAACUGAAGUCUGGUGAACCAUUUACUUUGGGAAGCGAAAACAUAAUGUCUAGAGCACCCUUUCAGCGUAUGUCAGUUUCUGACAAGUCAGCCUUAGACACUACAUCAAGUGAUUCAGAUACACGAUCUUUUCACAAAACCUCGAAACAAGAUACCGGAAAAAAUAUAGCCAUCUCAAAAUUGAAAGAAGUUUUAAAAGCGAGAAGUUUUAAUAACGAUUUACAAAAACCAAAAGUUACAUCCAAUGAUGACGUCAUUCCAGCAGCGACCGAAGUUGAGGAUCAGAAAACAGGAAUUAUGAGACAAAAUGUACAAUAUAAAUUGUUAGACAGACCGUGCGCCGUCAGACCUACUCCUAAGGAGUCCGUGGUGUGUGUGUGCAACUCCACUUACUGUGAUGAAAUCAAGAGGGAGAUUCCCACCAGAGAUAACUUCGUCAUAUACACGUCGUCGAAGAGUGGCUCCCGCUUUAAGAAAUCUUUUGGAAAAUUGCAACCUAUAAAUUUACUGGAUUCCUCACGAUGUUUAGAAAUCGAUCCGACGACAAAAUAUCAGACAGUCGAGGGUUUCGGUGGAGCCGUCACUGACGCCGCUUCAAUGAACUGGAAGAGUCUGUCCGAUAAUUUACAGGAGAAGCUCGUAAAUUCCUACUUCAGUGAAGACGGUCUUCAAUAUAAUAUGCUCCGAGUACCAAUCGGAGGAUCAGAUUUCUCCACCCACGCGUAUGCUUACAACGAGCUACCGGAGAACGACACCUUCCUUACUAACUUCACUCUUGCUCCCGAAGACAUCAUGUAUAAAAUUCCAAUGAUUAAAAGAAUUAUGGAAGUAUCCCGAACACCAGUACACAUCGUGGCCACGACCUGGUCCCCACCUCCUUGGAUGAAGACAGGACACAGUUUUGUUGGCUUUAGCAGAUUAAAGCAAGAGUAUUUUCAGACCUACGCUGAUUACCACUUGAAAUUUCUUCAAAAGUACAAUGAAUCUGGGAUACCGAUAUGGGGUCUUACAACCACUAACGAACCCAUCAAUGGAGUAUUCAAUAUCGUCAACUUCAACUCUCUCGGCUGGACCGUCACUAAAAUGGCCGAGUGGAUCGUCAAUAACUUUGGUCCAACAAUCCGUAACUCGUCUUUUAAAGAUGUUAAAAUAAUGGUUGGAGACGAUCAGCGGUUCACCAUACCUUACUGGUUUAACGAAAUGGUGGAAAUUUCUCCCGAAUCUCUGAAGUACGUGGACGGUGUCGCCGUACAUUACUAUACAGACACGGUUGUUUCCCCGGCUACGUUUGAAGCAGUUACUAAAACCCAUCCGGAGAAAUUUAUUCUUGCAACUGAAGCCUGCGAAGGUGUUGACGAGAAACAGAAAAAUUUUGUAUUAUUGGGUUCCUGGAAAAGAGCGAGGUCAUACAUAUUGGACAUACUGGAAGAUUUGAAUUACAACUUAGUUGGAUGGAUUGAUUGGAAUCUGUGUCUCGAUCCUCGCGGUGGACCCAAUUGGGCGAAUAAUUUCGUUGACUCUCCUAUCAUUGUGAACAAAACAAAGGAUGAAUUCAUUAAACAGCCCAUGUUUUAUGCGAUGGGUCAUUUCUCAAAGUUUAUUCCUCGGGGUUCCAGAAGAAUAAAGGUCAUAGAACAUAAGUGCAUAUUUCAAUUUUCUUUGAAACACGUCGCCUUCAUAACGCCGAGAGGGACCAUCGUUGUCGUCAUUUACAACGACGGCCGCUCGCAGUCAAUAUCCAUCUCUGUUAAAAACAAACAGUUGAAGUUGAAACUUGAAGCUGACUCUGUGUCCACGAUAGAGCUCCAGUGUGACAGACCGUGCGCCGUCAGACCUACUCCUAAGGAGUCCGUGGUGUGUGUGUGCAACGCGACUUACUGUGAUGAAAUCAAAAGGGAGAUUCCCGGCAAAAAUAACUACGUCAUAUAUACGUCGUCAAAGAGUGGCUCCCGCUUUAAGAAAUCUUUUGGAAAACUGCAAGCUAUAGAUUUACUGGAUUCCUCGAGAUGUUUGGAAAUCGAUCCAACGACAAAAUAUCAGACAGUCGAGGGUUUCGGUGGAGCCGUCACUGACGCCGCUUCAAUGAACUGGAAGAGUCUGUCAGAUAACUUACAGGAGAAGCUCAUAAAUUCCUACUUCAGUGAAGACGGUCUUCAAUACAAUAUGCUCCGAGUACCAAUCGGAGGAUCAGACUUCUCUACACACGCGUAUGCUUACAACGAGUUACCAGAGAACGACACCUUCCUUACUAACUACACUCUUGCUCCCGAAGACAUCAUGUAUAAAAUUCCAAUGAUUAAAAGAAUUAUGGAAGUAUCCCGAACACCAGUACACAUCGUGGCCACGACCUGGUCCCCACCUCCUUGGAUGAAGACAGGACACAGUUUUUAUGGCUUCAGUAGAUUGAAACCAGAAUAUUUUCAGACCUACGCUGAUUACCACUUGAAAUUUCUUCAAAAAUACAAUGAAUCUGGGAUUCCGAUAUGGGGUCUUACAACCACUAACGAACCCAUCAAUGGAGUAUUUGAUUUAUGCAGAUUCAACUCUCUCGGUUGGACAGUCACAAAAAUGGCAGAGUGGAUCGUCAACAACUUUGGUCCAACAAUCCGAAACUCCUCUUUUAAAGAUGUUAAAAUAAUGGUUGGAGACGAUCAGCGGUUCACCAUACCUUACUGGUUUAACGGGAUGGCGGCAUAUCGUCCUGAGUCUUUGAAGUACGUGGAUGGCGUCGCCGUACAUUACUAUACAGACAAGUUCAUUUCUCCGAUUGCGUUUGAAGCGGUCACCAAGAUUCAUCCAGAGAAAUUUGUUCUUUCCACUGAAGCCUGUGAAGGCACUUUACCAUGGCAGAAAAAUAAGGUCCUGUUGGGAUCAUGGCAACGAGCGAAGACAUAUGUUUUAGAUAUAUUGGAAGACUUGAAUUAUAACUUAAUUGGAUGGAUUGAUUGGAACUUGUGUCUCGACCCUCGCGGUGGACCAAACUGGGCAAAUAACUUUGCUGAUGCUGCUAUCAUUGUGAACAAAACAAAUGACGAAUUCAUUAAACAGCCCAUGUUCUACGCGAUGGGACAUUUCUCAAAGUUUAUUCCUCGUGGUUCCAGAAGAAUAAAGGUCAUAGAACAUAAGUGUAUAUUUCAAUUUUCUUUGAAACACGUCGCCUUCAUCACGCCGAGAGGGACCAUCGUUGUCGUCAUUUACAAUGAGUGA